AUGAGGCAAUUGGCAUGUGACACCAUCAAUGUUGCCACCAAAUUCAAGCCCCUCUCUUUAAAAUUCUGUAUUUGUGAGGCAUGCCGUGUUUGGAGGAAGCAGAGAAUUGCUGUGGUUCCUGUUGCAGCAGAUCAGAUGAUGGCUAUCCAAAAAAAUAACUACUACCGGUACUGGUACUUUGAAAAAGUAAAACAGAAGGACAAAGACAGCGAGGUUGUUGUUGUUGUCUAA